AAGAGAGUACAUUUGCCAAGCUGUUAAUCAUUGCCAUUUAAACUAAUUAUUCGCAUAUAAAAAACUUAAUUUAUGAGCGGAAGUUGAACAAUUCUUUACAAUUAACAAAUUAACAAUUGCCACACAAAACAUGGACAUUGAUGAUGAUGAUGAGCAGUAGUUGUUUUUGCCUGAAAGCGACUUAGUGACAUUUGUACAGAUAAAAAAUCACUUCAAGACUGAAUAUGCAAUUCAAACAAACCUUUUUACGGUCGGUACGAGAACGGAGAGUCUAUCAAAAAUGUAUGAGAAUGCCGCAAGAACACCGAUUCAUACGAUGGCUGAAAUGGAUGAGUUACUUGGCAUUCGAGGUCGCAGAAGUUCUGAUGCUUUCAUUUGUACACCCAUUCUUGAAAGAACAAGACGCAGAUUAAAAGGCAUUGACAUUGAAAUUGAAACGAGAAUGCCUGCUGGACUAGAUGAACUGCGAAAAUGGACAUCAAGAGAAGCUAUAGGGGAUGAAACAGUUGCACCUAAUUGCCUUGUUCGUGUUGGUCAUAAUACAUCCGUUGCAGAUCAGACAAUUUUAUCGAUGCAGCAAACAUCCACAUCACAUGACUGUACGGAUAGUAUAAUAAUGAUAAGUACACAUAAUAAUAGCAGCAGGAGAUCAGAGGAUGAUAAAGACGCCCCGAUUGAUCACCGAUUACCGUCGCCUCAGGAGCAGUGCUUGAUAUUAGCAUCAAAAUAUCCCGCACAGCUUAUACGAGUCGACACCAGUGGAAAGCGUUUUGAUCGUCAAUCGGCAGCACGAAAGUCACUACUGCAUGUACAAACUGGAUUGCAUGCAAUCGAAGAUGCAAAUGACAGCAGCAAUACGGACUCGGUAAAGAGACGUUCACGCUCGAGGAAGCCGAGAGGCAAUAGACGCAAUACUAUCGCUGGAAUUGAUCAGACGGAAAUUGAAGAAAUCGCUGUGAAUGGCGAUGCAAGCGAACAUGAAAUGUCAACAUUCCGUGACAAUGAAACAACGAUUGUUCCACGCAGCAAGUCGAGUGAUGUUCUGAAAAGAGAUUUAUUAUCGACAGAAGUUAAACGAUCAUCAUCCCAUUUUAAUUCUUUGAAGCAAUGGGGAAAGAAUCGCUUGCGAAUGAUAAAUAGAUUGAGUGGAACGAGCGAUGACACAAGUCGUAAUAGUUUUAGAGCGAAACAGAAUUCCAAUGACAUUGAUGAUUUCAAUGUCUUGGAAGCAAUAAAUAAGAGACAGAAGAAGAUUAAUGAAAAGGAUAGACGACUUUCGCACGAACGAAAGCCAUCAUAUUCAUCGUCCGAAAGGAGUUUAAAUGUAACUGCUGGAGCAACGACAACAGUACAAGUUACAAAUCCGUCCACAAAUGUUGCGGUUAAGAUGAGGGAGCAGACUGCAGUCAUUCGACGACAACGACGCAAUGGUGAAGUAUCGAAUAAGGAUGAACCACAUUCAUCAAGUGGCAAUUGGAGUGCAAGUUCUGAAUCAGGCAGAACAUCGAUUGGAAGUGAAAUUACAACGACGACAACACAUCCAAAAUCUAGUGCUUCAAGUACAUCACUAAGUCACCACACACAUCACUCUUCGUCAGGUCCACCAAGUUCAAUUAUUAGUCGACGUCGUUUCCUCAACACAUCUGCUUCAAGCAGCAUAACAAGCGAGGGAACUGCAACACCAGAAUUACAAAUGUUUGAUGCAUUUCAUGGCGAUGAAGGUGAAACAAGUUCAGUUUAUUCUUGCGAUACUGAAGGAUAUUAUACAUCUUUUCAUGUUGAUUCUGGUCUAAAGACACUCAAAGAGGAAGAAUCACUGACUCCAAUGCAAUCUUCAAUGGCUUUGUCAAGUACAAACUCAUUUGAAAGUUCAGGCAACCAAACAGUCAUAUCACCAGAAAAUGAAUAUGAAUUGUUUGGUAAGGGAUCGACAACGACGAGCAGCUCAGCUGGUACGGUAUGUACAGCAGUUCUAUCAAUGUAUGAUAAUGAUAGAAAUGGCCCAUUAGUUCCGGAACGAAUAAGUUCACUAUGCAAAUUAAAUCGUAGUGGAAGUUCAACAAGUUCUGGAACUCUCGAACGAAGCUACUCAACAAGUACAGUUGGAAGUACUUUAGAAAAGAGUGGAACGAUAAAAAGGAAUGGAGUUCUUUUACAAAAAGAAGUAGCUGCUCUCGUUCAUCAACAUCAACAAGAAACGACAAUAGCACGCAUUGAAUCUCCAGACAGUGGAAAUAAUACAAGUUCCUCGCCUGUCGAAUCAAAUUCAUCGCCAACAAAUCAAAAUGCUCGCCUUUAUUCCGAAUUUGAAUGCUCUGAGUCAUCAGAUUUGGAAUGUGUUGAGAGAACUGAAAGAAUUCGAGUCAAGACGACAAUCAAUACGAGUCGAAUUCCAUCAAUUGUUGCAAUCACUCCAUCGCCAAGUGACGAUGAGUGUGUCAUUAAAAAGACUACAAAAAAGAAUCAACAAGAGAUAAAAAUCAAAGGCAAUCUACUGAAUGUCAAUAAAGAUACUGGCUAUGCAUUUAUUGUCGGAAAUGACAGCAAUCAAAAUGAAAUUAAAAUUAGUCGCAAAACAUCUCCACUAUUGCCACUAAAUCACAUGCUUGAUAAAAUUCGUGGUGUUCUUCAUCCACUGAAAAAAUCACCAAAUAAAGAAUUGACAUCCACGAAAAGUGAUUCCAAUAACGACGAAUAUGUCACAAUCUCUGAAAUCCAAACACCCAAACGAAUGCCAAAUGGAAUUUAUUAUUCGAGCGACGUUCUUAAGAGAAAUCUAGCGACAGUUCUUUCCGGCAACAUAAACGAAGAGACUGAAUAUGUUUCGUUAAACGAACUUCCAUGCAAUGUGCGAUCUGAGAGUAAUCUAUUGGCCAUUAGCGAAAACAACAGUGACGAAAAAAUCGAUAUGAAAAGUGGUGGGGAUGAUAAUAUGACUCGGAAUAGGGGUGAAGUUGUGAGAAUGGAUGCGCACGGCAAUCCAAUUUUUGAUAGUAACAGCUUGAAACGUAAGAAAGGCGCAAUUACAACUUUUUCCCCUGGACCAUGUGUGAAAGAUACAAACGAUGCCAUUACAAUAACAACAACGUCGAAUGCAAACAGUUCAUCUUCAUUGAAUCUUGAAAAUCAUAACAGAAAACUGCCUACAAGCACAGCAGAAACACAAGUGACGACUUCUAGUGCAUCAGUAUAUCGUAGAUCAGUCAAUACGGUAAGACCAGUUGUGCCACAGCGUCCAAAAAUUGAAAAUAGUGAUAUUGUGACUGAGAAUAAUAAUAACAAUAAUAAUACACAAAAAUUGGUGACGAAAUCUGUGUCAGUUAAUAGAACGGAAGAGAAAGAAAAGACUGAGCCAGUUCAAAUGACCACAUCGAACAGUUCAAACAACCUGAUGCGUCCGAAUAGCGCACUUCAAUUAAAUUUAAAUUCCGUAUCAUCGAAAAUUCUUGCAUCAGGCACAAUUCGUGGUGCUUACGUCAAUAUACAAGAUGCUGCUCCAUUGCGUAAUGGUCCACCAGUUUAUUCGCCACCAUCACCGUCACGUGCUGCAUCAAUAUUCGCUCCUCAACAACAACCACCCACAAUUGAAGAAGACUAUCAACAUUUAUACCAUGACAACCACACGACAUCAUCAUUGAAUUACGAUGGAUAUGAAGAAAUUCCAUUCCAAAGGAAUUCAAAUAUGUAUUGGACAUUGCAGCCUAGACAAAAAGUUGCAUCACAACGAUAUCAAACGGAUAAUGCAUAUCAAGCUAAGGAUGACAAUAUGCAAAAUAUUGAGAGUCUAUACUCAACACCAAAUAAGAAUAGGAAUAAUUUAAAGACAACUCCACUGGGAUUUGAGUUCUUCUCGCCUGUUACGACAACGAAAUUAGAGGAACGAAUUGUUGAGGAAGAAUAUGAAGAAGAUGACAUUAAAAUUAUGUCACCUAUUGAUCCAAGAAAUUCGGGUAAAUUUUCCACAUCCACGCCUCAAAAGCCAAUGUCUGCCAUAACAAUGUCGCCAAUGAAAACGUCUCUGACUGAAGAUUUACGUGCACGACUUAGAAUUAGUUCUGGAAUUAGGUCACAUGGAAAUUCUCCAAUUAAUUCUGGUCGUUCGACACCAAAAACUGUUUUUGAGCCACAACAAACAGGAAGAUCAAGACACAGUUGGUCAUCAAAUAAUGUAGAAGUUCCGUCAUCAACAUGUUCUGAUCGAUUAGGAACACCAAAAACAAGUUUAAUGGAUUUUAAGAAAUUACUGCUGAAUAAAACGACAGCACGUGCAGGUAAAAUCUCAGCCGUUGAAGCAUUAAAAUUAUCAAAAAGUAAUGUACAACAGUCCACAUCGCCAACGCCAACAACACCCGGUAAUAACAUGAACAGUAGCAUGAACAUUCUUGACUUGAGUGGCUCACCUAAAACUUUUGCAACACGUCGCAUGAUACGACAAGGUCAAUUUGGUUCAGGCAUUGCCAAUUCACCCACGAAACCAGGUAAGCAGAAGAAUGCAUGGAGAAUACAAAAUAUCAACAGAACCGAUGUAAUAUCAACGGCAAUACCAGAAGCGGCAAACGAUGAGGAGCAAGAAAGUUCACCGAAUGCUAGUCAACAACGUAAACCAAUUGAGAUUAUAAAGUCACCUGAAAUUGUUAUAGACAACGCACCGGAAGUGGAGCGGGAUGUGGAAGAAGAAAAGGUUGGAAGUCUAAAAGAGAAUUUAUUCAUUAAACAAGAAGAAAAUAAUUUCACCGAGAAUGAGAUUCGUGAACAUAAAAAGUCGGCGCCACAUAAUUUUAGUAUGCAACAGCAACGAGCACAAUUUUUAUUUGGCAACAGCAAUACACCGUCAUCUGUUGCAGCACCAAACAAUGUCAAUAAUAAUAACAAUAAGACAGCAGUUUUUAGGAAUGGAGGUCAUUAUACAGGAAUCGUUACACAAAAUAAUAUCAAUAGCAAGGAUUCAACAUUGAAGCCAAAUAGCAACAUUGCAGCCUCAUUGGAAACAGCACUCUGA